AUGCAGCGCUGGGCAACGCUUAAUUUUCCGCUUGACGCCAAGGCCUUGCUUGUCAUCGCUCCGAAUUUACGCUUACUCUUUCCCAAUGAUAUGAGUGAGAGUCGCAUAUUUCAGCUGCUAACCCAUGCCAUCGUACCCGUGCCGUCCUACGCUGACCUGAACCAAACAGCGCGGUAUCAGGACUACAGCGAUGCCAAACAUCGGAUUCAGUCGCUGCAUGGAACGAACACGAGACCGUCGCACGUUGUCAGCUUUGCGUUUAAUGGGGACGAAUUGGGUGAUGACCGCACUGUGCGGGCAAAUGUUCCGUUUCCAUCUGGAUUUCAUAUUGCAGUUUUUCAGCGUCGGAAAUCUAGCGAAUUUGGAAAGCCACUAUAUCAGAUCGGACUUGUGGCGAGUGGCUACUUUGAGAUUCAGAUCAUGCGUCGAGAGAGGGAGACUGAACACCAGGAAGGACAUGAGCGACAACAAAUCCGCUUUGAAGAGGAGCUGACGUCUUUGGGACUUGUGUCUAGCACUUUUCCACUGGUAGGACGACAGCCUGGCUGGAACCAGAAAAGUUAUGGCUAUCACGGGGAUGAUGGCCGCUUCUAUUGCAAAACUACGAGGGGUCAAUUGUUUGGACCGCGCUUUGGCGUGAAUGACAUUGUGGGCUGCGGAGUACGUCAAAAUGGGGGCGCUGCUCAAUCCCAUGUCUUCUUUACAUACAAUGUGCGCGUUAAUUUUGGUCAGGAACCAUUUGCGUACGAUAGCGUAAUUGAUGAAUUGUUUGCGGAGUGCGACUCGAGUGCGUUUGACAUGAUGGAUUUGCCUUGGUACUGUAUUCAAGAAUAUUGCAUCGAGUGUUUGGUGUGGCGCCACCAACAAACUAGUACUGCACAGGCCCGAUCCAAUUCCGAUAAUUGGAAGGAUGCCAUUUCUAAAAAGCCCGAGAUGGAUGAAGAGAACAAAAGGAACAAGUGGGUGACGGGCAUUUUAACGCGGCGACAGCAAAAUCGGCUUGCCAUGAGUGAACUGAACACAAAUGACGAGCUGGCGAUGUGA